UCAGGCUUCGGCUGUGCCUCCGGUAUUGCUUCCUGCACUCACCCCCCGCGUUCCCCACACCUAUACUGCUCAACUCUACUACCAGUGAUGGGGCCCCCAGCGGGCCCCGGGAUUCUCCUACUGAUUCUUGGCUUCCUGCGGAUCGGUGCUGCCAAGUAUGUGCGGGGCAACCUAAGCACUAAGGAGGACUGGGUUUUUCUUACAAGAUUCUGUUUCCUUUCGGACUUUGGACGACUUGAAUUCAGAUUUAAAUACCCAGAGGCAAAAUGCUGCCAGAAUAUCCUGCUAUAUUUUGAUGACCCAUCUCAAUGGCCAGCCGUUUACAAGAAGGGAAACAAGGACUGUCUGAUGAAGGAGUCAGUGAUCCGGCCUGAGAAUAACCAGGUUAUUAAUCUAACUACACAAUAUGUCUGGUCUGGCUGCCAGAUCACAAAAGAGGAAGGGGUAUCUUACCUGAGCUGUAACAGCGGGAGAAGCUUUCGGUCUGUGCGAGAGCGUUGGUGGUACAUAGCACUGAGCAAGUGCGGGGGAGAUGGACUUCAGUUAGAAUAUGAGAUGACGCUUACAAAUGGCAAAUCAUUCUGGACAAGACACUUCUCGGCAGAUGAAUUUGGUAUCUUAGAGACUGACAUCACCUUUCUUCUGAUAUUCAUCCUUAUCCUGCUUCUAUCCUGUUAUUUUGGAUACAUACUGAGGGGACGUCAGCUUCUGCACACCACGUACAAGAUGUUUAUGGCAGCAGCUGGAGUGGAGGUUCUUAGCCUGCUAUUCUUCUGUGUAUAUUGGGGCCAGUAUGCUCAGGAUGGUGUGGGCAACACCAGCAUUAAAGUCCUAGCGAAACUCUUGUUCUCCGCAAGUUUCCUGAUCUUUCUGCUCAUGCUGAUUCUGUUGGGAAAGGGAUUUACUGUUACCAGAGGCCGCAUUAGUCACCUGGGAUCAAUUAAGCUUUCAGUGUAUAUGACAUUAUACACAGUGACACACACAGUGCUGUUUAUACACGAAGCACAGUUCUUUGAUCCAGCACAAGUCCUAUAUACAUAUGAGUCACCGGCAGGUUACGGUAACAUCGCCCUCCAGUUUCUGGCCUACAUCUGGUUUUGUUAUGCCGUGCUUGUGACACUCAAACAUUUCCCAGAGAAGCAGGCUUUCUAUGUCCCCUUCUUUGCAGCAUAUACUCUCUGGUUCUUUGCAGUGCCAGUCAUGGCUCUGAUUGCAAAUUUUGGGAUCCCAAAAUGGGCACGUGAGAAGAUUGUAAAUGGGAUUCAGCUGGGGAUCCACCUUUAUGCACAUGCUGUCUUCCUGAUCAUCACCAGGCCAUCAGCAGCCAAUAAGAAUUUCCCAUAUCACGUUCGCACAUCGCAGAUUGGGAUCAUGGAACAGAGCACAGAGAAAUUCCCUCACCAUGUUUAUGGAAAUGUCACCUUCAUUAGUGACUCUGUCCCCAAUGUUACUGAGUUGUUCUCCAUUCCUAGCAGUAAUGGGAGUGGAGGAGGGAUAAACAAGCCAGUGCAGUAUCCUGUGACGCUUGGGCAGUGCUAUUCACAGCUGACUUCUGAUCCUCAUCAUGUGAUUGGCCCUCCCUCACUGAAUGGUGUUUCUGGGAACCAGAAAGCUCCUGUUGGAGAGACACAGCUAGGUGGACUCCAGCAACUGCACGCCCCGCAAAUCCAUCAUCACAAUGGCUUCCCUGAAUAUUUCAGCAUCCGCUCUGCUGGCCCUCAGCCCAUGUAGAACUGGUUAUUUGGAUGGUGAUUAUCUACCUGCCCCCUAAAAAACUGGGUCAUCGUUAAGCCAAGAUGGACCUUCAAUGGUCAAAUAAGACUUCUUUCUGAGCCAGAAACUAUUGUCUUUCUGGGUGUGUCUGUGUGUAAAUGAAUGUCUAUACCGGAGUCAGGAAACAUGUAAAUAAAAGCAUUUGUAUGUGAAACACGUACAUAUGUAUACUUGUGUAUAUUCACAUUCUUACAUGUACACUAAAGCCUGUGAAUGUGAAGACAUCAUGUGUAAUUGUGUACACAGGAACGUUUUACUCUAUAUGUUCCUCAGCCAUAACAGCUACAUUCAUUUUUCAUAAUUUAUUUCCAUUCUACCUCCCACAUCUUCAUUGGUUUUAGUCAGCUUAUAUUCAAUUCAUUCAUUGCACAUUUCCAUCUGUCAUUUUCUUUGCUCUAGAUUCUUUGUCUGUUACUUCCUGACUUCCCACAUUUCUUUGUCUACAACUUCCUGUCUUCACAGGGUUUUUGUUUUUUUCUAUUUUCAUCUGAUGUAUUAUUACCCUUCUGUCCUUAUUUUCCCCUCAUAUUGUCCAAUGUCUGUUUUCUAAUUUCUUUUAACUCAGCAUGGUGUCAAAGCUUCCACAAAAUGUGUUUAAUUUCUUUUACCACUUGUUGACGUUGACUGUACCAUUACAUAUCAAUUUGUUCCACAUAGUGGUAUAGCCAAUCCUAGUCAUGUAUUUUAUUUUUGAAGUUUCAUUUUUGACUUUACUGUCCCUUUAAUUUUUUCUAGCACCACACAAGUAUACACAUGUACAAGUAUGUGUGUUUGUUCUAGAAGAAGCAUGAGUGAGUUUACUCUCCUGGUGUUAGCCUUUCCAGGAAAUCUGGUAUAUGAGAUUAGCAGUAUAUAGAGCACAUUUGGGGUAGGGUAGGUAUAGCCAAGGGAUGCUAUGAGAUUUAACCAAGAUAAUGCUCAUAAGCAUGUUUUUUAAUUGUUUUGUUUUUUUGCCAUUUGUAAUGUCUGAUGAUUGUGCUUAUUUUUAUAGUGGAGAUGAUGCUCCCAGGCACAGUGCAGCAAUGUGCUGCAGACAUUCCUUUAUCAUUGCAAUGUAACAGACAAUGUCUGAUUGUACAUCCACCAUCAGAAUAUCCACCACAUCGACUGCUUGGGACCAUUCAAAACAGCAUGCUAACCAGGCAUCAAUUGACAGUCGUUGUCAUGCCAUUCCAUUUAAGAGGUAGUCCUCUUUAGUUAUAGCCUUUUCUGUGCUGUUAGAUCUGUACAUAGAAUUGACAUUCAUGUUUGCUAAUGAAAGAGGUUUCCAGUUCAUGAACUGUUGUUUGCAGUCCAUGUCAAUACUCCAUCUCACUAUUACUAAUUAAAGCUCACAGGAAAACCGAGUAGGUAACCAACUUGAAUAAUAAAUCUCAUUUUUUUCUAUA